AGCAAAUCCAGAUCGAGCGCCCGCGCCCCCCGCGGGCGCGGGCGCUCCCGACCAAGAGCCCCUCGGCCGGGCGCCCCGGGACGACCCGGCCGGGCUGCCGCACCACAUGGGCCAGACGGAGAGCCUCUCGCGGGCAGAGGUGCACAGCCUGGCGAACUUCUCCAAGCAGGAUAUCGCUCGGCUCUACAGCCGCUUCCGCUCGCUGGACGCCGACGGGAACGGGCACCUCGACCCCACCGAGAUCCUGGGCGUGACCGAGCUCACCGAGAACCCCUUGGUGCGAAGGGUGAUAUCUGUCUUUGACAAGGACCAGGGCGGGAACGUGAGCUUCCUGGAGUUCGUGCUCGGCCUGGCGAAGUUCACCGCCAGCGCGUCCGAGCAGGAGAAGCUCGAGUUCGCCUUUGCCAUCUACGACGUGAACAAGGACGGGUUCAUAUCCAACGGCGACCUGUUCCAGGUGAUGAAGAUGAUGGUUGGCGACAACUUGGGCGACGUGCAGUUGCAGCAGCUUGUCGACAGGCAGCUGGUGAUGGCCGACAGGGACGGCGACGGGAAGCUCUCCUUCGAAGAAUUCAAGGAGGCGGUGCAGAACAUCGGCAUCGCCGAGCAGCUGUCCGUCGACAUCAGGUCGUACUGAACCCCUCCUCGUGGAACGGCGGGGCCCGGAAGUGUUCUCAGACAUCGAGCCCGCGGGCUGGCCGGGAGCAGUGCUUGGCAGGCCCCGGCCGCUUUUUUGCCCCGCGCGGCACACCUCGGGGCAGCUGACGCCACAGGGAUGACUGCGUCAUGGGACUACUACCACCAUCGAUACCUUCAGCACCGCCACGGUCUACCGCCCGAGCCCAUGCCGCCGUCUCGAAGCGCUUCCGCGCCUCACAGCUCGCUCGUGUGUGCUGCCCUGCAGGCCUCCUUCGCCUCGACCCCCCCGAGGCGGCCCACGCCUCGCUCUCGGCCGUGACCCCCGCCUGCCCUGGCGGGCGCUCGGAGGCCCGCCGGCCCCGGUGCGCGCGCGCGCACGAUCGCGCGGGGCUCCGCGGGCUGCCGCUGAGCUCGGGGGCGGAAAAGAGGGGGGAACGUCGAUUACCCCUUCCGUGCCUCUUGCGGGGCGCGCAGUGGCGCGAACAUCCUGCGGGGGCGCGGGGCGGGGCGGUGUUUCCGCGCGGCCGUGCGCACCGGCAGGGCGCCGCCCGUGCACGAGGAGAAGCAU